UGUUGUAGAAAAAAAGAUUGUGAUGUAUGGAAAGGAGUAGUUAGUUGUGAAGUGAAUGCAUGCAUAUUGCAUAGUCAGCAGCAUAGACAUAUAGACCUACCAUGCACCCUCACCACCACCAACACCGGCCGCACCGCCUCUCGGUGCCGCCGCGCACGACCACAUUCAGCGGCGCGUCUCCGGCGUUCCGAUUGUCGUCCUCAACGCCGAGCCCAACCCCGUCGAAAUCCCGGCGGCUGUCGUUGAAGAAGCCUGAAUCGAAAUCUGGAUCGUCCAUCUUCCUCCUGGUGUUCUUCUCCCUCCGGUCCCUCUACUCCCUCCUCCCCUUCCUCCGCUCCUCCCCCUCCUUCUCCCUCUUCCCCUUCUCCUUCCUCCUCUCCCUCCUCUCCUUCGCCCUCACCCUCUCCUUCUACCUCCUCUCCCCCUCCAAGCCCAAACACCCCCUCACCCUCUCCCACCUCCUUUCCCCAACCCUAGCCGCCAAAUCCACCCUCCUCGCCCUCCUCUUCCUCCUCCGCUUCCAGGCCCUCCGCUACUGCGGCACCGCCUCCAUGAUCCUCGCCGAAUUGACCGGCUCCAUCGCGGCCCACCCCAGAGGCCCACACCGGCCCAACGCCCGCGCCUUCCUCUUCCUCUCCCUCGGCCUGCUCAUUCUCUCCUUCGGCUGGGACCGAAUCCAAUGCUUCCCUUUCUCCCCUAACUGCCUCAAAUUCUGGCCCCUUCUCCUUCCUUUCCUCUCCGGCUUCCUCUCGCGUUACCAACUCUCCUUCGGCUCCGCUAACCUCAAACACCUCGGCCACAAACGCCUUCGCCUCCUCACUCUCCUUUUCGCCACUCUUAUCCUCUUCCCCCCUUCUCUCCUCACCUUCUUCAUCUUCCCUCCCCAGGACCACGCCCUCGCAUUUGGGGACCUCGCCUGGCCUCUCCUCAACACCGUCGUCUUCGGCGUGCUUCUCACCGAGACUUGCAACACCGCCAACGACGACCCCGAUCAUGCUUUCUCCACUUUCAAAGACUCUCACCGCGAGUUUCUCCUCACCUUCGUUUGCACCCUCGUUUUGGAGCUCUUCUAUUUCCCCGAACUCUCCCUCUGGGGCUUGCUCCUCUCUGGCUUCUUGCUCUACCUUGGUGUUAGAGAUUUGGAUCCCCAUGAUGAGGGGUUUCUUGGUGACGUCGUUAUGAAGCCUGUUAGGCAUGUUUUGAGUGAGAGGAAGUCUCGAAAAAUUGCGCUUUUUCUUCUCAUCAAUGCUGGCUAUAUGGUUGUGGAGUUUGCUGCUGGGUUCAUGAGUAAUAGUCUUGGCUUGAUUUCGGAUGCUUGUCAUAUGUUGUUUGAUUGUGCUGCUUUGGCUAUUGGGUUGUAUGCUUCGUAUAUUUCUCGUUUGCCUGCUAAUAAUCAUUAUAACUUUGGAAGAGGGAGGUUUGAGGUUCUCUCGGGCUAUGCCAAUGCUGUGUUUUUGGUUCUCGUGGGAGCACUCAUUGUGGUGGAGUCUUUUGAGAGGAUAUUGGAUCCUCAAGAGAUAUCUACUAAUAGCUUGUUGGUUGUUUCUGUGGGAGGGCUUCUAGUCAAUGUUGUUGGUUUGAUAUUCUUUCAUGAGGAGCAUCAUCAUGCCCAUGGUCAUGGAUGGUCUGGAGGGUCAUGCUCCCAUUCGCACUCGCACUCGCACUCGCACUCACACUCAGAGUUGCAUAGUCACCACCACACCCACCAUCAUCAUGAUCACGAUCAUGAUCUGCAUUGCCAUCAACAUGGAAGCAAACAAGAAUUUAUUUCCAUUCCCAGUGAUUGCCGGGACGACUCAUGCCCUAGUGAACAUGGCCAUCAUCAUCAUCAUCAUCAUCAUGACCACUCUGGUCAUGAGACCAAACAUCUUGAAGACAGUCACAGCAUUCAGAGCUUUAAGCAUCAUGACCAUGAUCAUGGCCAUCACCAUGACCACCGUAGUCAUGAGAGGAAGCAUCAUGGUGGAUGUCAUGAAGAUAACCACGGCAUUCAGAGCAUUGAGCAUCAUGACACUGCCCACAGCCAUGAAGCUUCACAUGUUCACCAAGAGCAUGGUCAUCACGGCCAUCACCAUAUCGAUCACAAUAUGGAAGGGAUAUUCUUGCAUGUUCUUGCUGACACCAUGGGGAGUGUUGGUGUUGUUAUAUCUACCCUGUUAAUUAAGUACAAGGGAUGGCUUGUUGCUGAUCCUGCCUGCUCAAUUUUUAUUUCAAUUUUGAUUGUAUCCUCUGUGAUACCUUUACUAAAAAAUUCAGCUGAAGUUUUGCUGCAAAGAGUGCCAAGGAUGCAUGAGCAUAACUUGAAGGACGCCUUAACUAGCGUUUUGAAGAUAAGGGGUGUUUAUGGCAUUCAGAAGUUUCAUUCCUGGAGCUUCACUAACACAGAUGUAGUUGGUACAAUGCAUCUUCACGUGUCAAUGGACACAGACAAGAUAUCCGCCAAGUCUCAGGUUUUGCAUCUCUUACAUGAUGCUGGAAUCAAGGAUGUAACCUUGCAGGUGGAAUCUGUUGGAUAAUUUCUUUCAAAAUAGUUGUUUAUUUGACUGUUGUUGCCCGUGAAGGUUGUCCACGGAUUACUGACAUACAAUGUUUGGAACAGAGAGCAAAAUUUCCUGAUUAUUGUCA